AUGGAGGCUCACGACGGCGCUCUCCGCCGUGUGCUCGUCUUGGCCUUUUGCGUCGUCGGAAUCUGGUCUGCAUACAUCACCCAAGGCGUUCUUCAAGAAACUCUGUCGACGAAACGGUUCGGUACAGAUGGACAGAGGUUUGAGUAUCUGGCAUUUCUAAACUUGGCGCAGAACGUGGUGUGUUUGGUGUGGUCAUAUAUGAUGAUUAAGAUAUGGUCAAGUGGGAGUGGUGAAGGUGCUCCUUGGUGGUCAUAUUGGAGUGCUGGCAUUACUAACACAAUUGGUCCAGCAAUGGGAAUUGAAGCACUCAAGUAUAUCAGUUACCCCGCUCAGGUCCUUGCAAAAUCCUCAAAAAUGAUUCCAGUUAUGCUGAUAGGUACUCUGGUAUAUGGUAUAAGAUACACUUUUCCCGAAUACCUUUGUACAUUCCUUGUUGCUGGAGGGGUAUCAACAUUUGCACUUCUAAAGACUAGCUCAAAGACUAUCAGCAAGUUGGCACAUCCAAAUGCUCCCCUUGGAUAUGGGCUAUGUUUCCUGAACCUUGCUUUUGAUGGAUUUACAAAUGCAACUCAGGAUUCCUUAAAAGCAAGGUACCCAAAUACAAGUGCUUGGGAUAUUAUGUUAGGGAUGAAUUUAUGGGGCACCAUAUACAAUAUGAUUUACAUGUUUGGCUGGCCCCAUGGCAUUGGAUUUGAUGCAGUUAGCUUUUGCAAACAGCAUCCAGAUGCAGCAUGGGAUAUUUUUCUCUAUUGCUGUUGUGGUGCUGUAGGCCAGAAUUUCAUCUUUUUGACUAUAAACCGUUUUGGCUCUUUGGUUAACACCACCAUCACUACCACUCGCAAAUUUGUUAGCAUUGUGGUGUCUUCAUUAUUGAGUGGGAAUCCCCUAUCAACAAAGCAAUGGGGAUGUGUCCUUAUGGUAUUCUCUGGAUUAUCAUAUCAGAUUUACCUCAAGUGGCAGAAGCUGCAGAGAUUGCAGAAGCGAAAAGCCAUAUGA